AUGGCUCUCGUGCAGACCGAUCCCGACGCGUAUGUGAUCAAGCCCGAGGCGGCUGCGCCUGCCAUCGACACUAGCGACUGGCCGUUGCUACUCAAGAACUACAGCGACUUGCUCGUUCGCACUUCUCAUUACACUCCUAUUCCCAAUGGAUGUGCGCCGUUGUCGCGAGACCUCAAGUCGUACAUUAGCUCUGGUGUCAUCAACCUAGACAAGCCUUCCAACCCAUCCUCGCACGAAGUCGUGUCAUGGAUCAAGCGCAUGCUCAGGGUUGAGAAGACUGGCCACAGUGGUACCCUUGACCCCAAGGUCACUGGUUGUCUCAUUGUCUGCAUUGACCGCGCCACUCGUCUCGUCAAGUCCCAGCAGGGAGCUGGAAAAGAGUAUGUGUGCGUCAUCCGCCUGCACGACAAGCUGCCUGGUGGCGAGGCGCAGUUUGCGCGCGCUCUCGAGACCCUCACUGGAGCUCUUUUCCAGCGACCUCCACUCAUUUCUGCUGUCAAGCGUCAACUCCGUAUCCGAACCAUCCACGAGAGCAAGCUGUACGAGUUUGACAAUGAAAGGCAGCUCGGUGUGUUCUGGGUGAGCUGUGAGGCCGGAACCUACAUCCGUACUCUCUGCGUGCACCUGGGUCUCUUGCUCGGUGUCGGCGCCCACAUGCAGGAGCUGCGCCGUGUGAGGAGUGGAGCCAUGGACGAAACCAAGGAUCUUGUCACCCUGCACGACGUUCUUGAUGCUCAAUGGCUGUACGACAACAACCGCGACGAGGCCUACCUGCGCAAGGUUAUCUCUCCUCUCGAGAGUCUCUUGAUGAGCUACAAGCGUGUUGUUGUUAAGGACAGCUCGGUUAACGCCAUCUGCUAUGGUGCUAAGCUCAUGUUGCCCGGUCUGUUGCGAUUCGAGAAGGGUAUCGAGAUCCACGAGGAGAUUGUCCUCAUGACCACCAAGGGUGAGGCUAUUGCGCUCGCCUAUGCGCAAAUGUCGGCUGUAGAGAUGUCCACUUGUGAUCAUGGUGUUGUUGCUAAGAUUAAGCGUGUCAUCAUGGAGCGCGACCUCUACCCCAGGAGAUGGGGCAUGGGCCCAGUCGCCACUGAGAAGAAGAAGAUGAAGGAGGCAGGCACCCUUGACAAAUUCGGUCGUCCCAACGACAAGACUCCCGCCAAGUGGAACACUGAGUACAAGGAUUUUAACAGGACUGAUGUCGAUGGCGCGUCCGUACCUUUGGCUCAGACCACAUCGACUUCCGACGUUCUUGCUGCUCCCCCGGUCGCACCGACUGGAGAGACUGAGGCCGAGGCCGAGGUCAACGGUGCUUCCGAUGGAGAGGAGAAGAAGAGCAAGAAGCGAAAGAGCCGAGGCGAUGCCGAAGAGGAGGCUGAUGAGGACAAAGCUGAACGCAAGCGCAAGAAGAAGGAAGAGAAGGCUGCAAAGAAGGCUGCGAAGAAGGAAAAGAGGAAGAGCAAGGGCGGCGAUGACAGCGACUCCGACUAA